GCGCGCGCAGGCUCUUCAGCUGGAGCGGACACACGGUGUGCGAACCGAACAGAAUAACCCGCCCCCAGCGGGAUGUGAAGGACUCCGGGUGAGGCCGACCACGCCCCGCACGGCUGGGAAGGCCACUGUGACUAUGUGGUGACUACAGUUAUCUUAUGACGGAGUUUCCCACUGGAAUCAUGGAGGAGAAACAGCAGAUUAUAUUGGCUAAUCAAGAUGGUGGAACAAUGGCAGGAGCAGCACCUACCUUUUUUGUCAUCCUCAAACAGCCAGGAAAUGGCAAAACUGAUCAAGGAAUUUUGGUUACUAAUCGGGAUGCCUGUGCUUUGGCUAGCAGUGUGUCAUCACCAGGAAAAUCUAAAGGGAAGAUUUGUCUUCCAGCUGAUUGUACUGUGGGAGGAAUCACUGUCACCCUGGAUAACAAUAGUAUGUGGAAUGAAUUCUAUCAUCGAAGCACAGAGAUGAUUCUGACCAAGCAGGGAAGACGCAUGUUUCCAUAUUGUCGUUACUGGAUAACAGGUUUAGAUUCAAAUAUGAAGUAUAUCCUUGUCAUGGAUAUAUCUCCUGUGGAUAACCAUCGUUAUAAGUGGAAUGGUCGCUGGUGGGAACCAAGUGGGAAGGCUGAGCCCCAUGUUUUGGGGAGGGUUUUUAUUCAUCCAGAAUCUCCUUCCACAGGUCAUUAUUGGAUGCAUCAACCAGUUUCUUUCUAUAAACUCAAACUUACCAACAAUACACUGGACCAAGAAGGGCAUAUCAUCUUGCACUCUAUGCAUCGGUACCUGCCGAGGCUUCAUUUGGUGCCUGCAGAAAAGGCUACUGAGGUGAUACAGUUAAAUGGCCCUGGUGUCCACACUUUUACCUUUCCACAGACUGAAUUCUUUGCAGUAACAGCUUACCAGAACAUUCAGAUUACCCAGCUGAAAAUAGAUUAUAAUCCAUUUGCUAAGGGCUUCCGGGAUGAUGGGCUGAAUAGUAAGCCCCAAAGAGAUGGAAAGCAAAAGAACAGCUCUGACCAGGAAGGGAAUAGUGUUCCCAGUUCUCCUGGUCAGCGGGUCCGUCUUACAGAAGGUGAGGGGUCAGAGAUACAGCUAACUGAUUCAGAUCCUUUAUCGAGGGGUCAUGAAACGUCAGGCAAGUGUUUGGAGAAGCCUUCUCUCAGUAUAAAACGGGACUUUCUUGGUUUCAUGGAUAUUGAUUCAUCCCUUGGUGAAGUUCCUCAACUGAAACAAGAGGUUUCUGAAAGUCUUGUUGCCAACAAUUUUGAAGACGGCUCCCAUGUAGUGUCACCAUUAGACCCGAAUGGAAACUUCAAUGUUGUUAUUAAAGAGGAGCCUGUAGAUGAUUAUGAAUAUGAACUUGCUGAGUGCCCAGAAGGGGUAACUAUAAAACAGGAAGAGACAGAUGAGGAAACAGAUGUAUACUCAAACAGUGAUGAUGAUCCUAUACUAGAGAAACAGCUAAAGAGGCACAAUAAAGUUGAUAACCUAGAAGCUGACCAUCCGUCUUCUAAAUGGCUACCAAAUAGCCCAUCAGGUGUUGCUCAAGCUAAAAUGUUCAAGUUAGACGCUGGAAAGAUGCCAGUAGUCUAUCUGGAGCCCUGUGCUGUCACCAAAAGCACAGUGAAGAUUUCUGAGCUCCCUGAUAACAUGCUUUCCACAUCUCGAAAGGAUAAAUCUUCUGUAUUGACAGAAUUAGACUAUUUGCCUACGUACAUUGAAAAUUCCAAUGAGACUGGCUUCUGCUUAGGCAAGGAAUCAGAAAAUGGUCUUAGAAAACAUUCACCAGAUCUCAGAGUGGUACAGAAAUAUCCCUUACUUAAAGAGCCUCAAUGGAAAUAUCCUGAGCUAUCUGACAGCAUUAACACAGAAAGAAUACCUGACAGUUCAAAGAGUUCAGCUGGGGACCCAUUUUUAGGAAAAGAUGACUUGGGCAGAAGGAGAACAACUGUGCUUAAGAUUUCAACAGCCUCCAAGGUUGUGAAUGCUAAUCAGAAUGCCCCUUCAAAUGUCCCUGGAAAAAGAGGAAGGCCGCGAAAAUUGAAACUCUCUAAGGCAGGGCGACCACCUAAAAACACAGCAAAAUCUGUAACUUCUACAAAGAACACUCCUAUGGGUCCUGGGAGUACCUUUCCAGAUGUGAAGCCCGAUCUGGAAGACGUGGAUGGUGUUCUCUUUGUUUCCUUUGAAUCGAAGGAAGCUCUUGACAUUCAUGCAGUUGAUGGGACAACUGAAGAGCCCUCUAGUCUUCAGGCAUCAACCACAAAUGACCCAGGUUGCAGAGCAAGAAUUUCCCAGUUGGAAAAGGAAUUGAUAGAAGAUUUGAAGGCCUUGCGGCAUAAGCAGGUGAUACAUCCUGGUCUUCAAGAAGUGGGCUUAAAAUUGAAUUCAGUGGAUCCGACAAUGAGCAUUGAUCUUAAGUAUUUGGGAGUACAGCUACCUUUGGCUCCAGCCACUAGCUUUCCUUUCUGGAAUCUUACAGGAACCAACCCUGCCUCUCCUGAUGCUGGGUUUCCCUUUGUUUCUAGGACAGGGAAGACCAAUGACUUCACCAAAAUCAAGGGAUGGAGGGGAAAGUUUCAUAGUGCUUCUGCAUCUAGGAGUGAAGGUGGAAAUUCAGAAGGUCCACUGAAAAACCGUUCUGCUUUCUGUAGUGACAAGCUAGAUGAGUACUUGGAAAAUGAAGGCAAGCUGAUGGAAACAAGUAUGGGUUUCUCUUCUAAUGCUCCCACAUCUCCUGUGGUAUACCAGCUUCCCACCAAGAGUACCAGCUAUGUACGAACACUUGACAGUGUACUAAAGAAACAAUCUACCAUUUCCCCUUCUACCUCCUACUCUUUGAAGCCUCAUUCUGUGCCCCCUGCUUCUCGAAAGGCAAAGUCUCAAAACAAACAGGCAACUUUUGGUGGCCGAACUAAAUCAUCUUACAAAUCCAUUUUACCUUACCCUGUUUCACCAAAGCAGAAACAUGCUCAUAUGAUUCCAGGAGAUAAGGUUGCCAAGAAUUCCUCAAGUACCAUCUCAGAAAAUCAGGUGAAUAACUUUGUUGUGCCAACUUUAGAUGAAAAUACAUUUCCAAAGCAAAUUAGUUUGCGGCAGGCACACCAGCAGCAGCAGCAACAGCAACAGGGAACUCGCCCUCCAGGCUUGUCUAAAUCUCAAGUGAAGCUAAUGGACCUGGAAGACUGUGCACUUUGGGAAGGAAAACCAAGGACCUAUAUCACUGAAGAGCGAGCGGAUGUAUCCUUAACAACGCUGCUUACUGCUCAAGCGUCUCUCAAAACUAAACCCAUCCACACAAUCAUAAGGAAACGAGCCCCUCCAUGCAACAAUGACUUCUGUCGAUUGGGUUGCGUGUGUUCCAGUCUAGCUUUGGAAAAGCGCCAGCCUGCUCACUGCCGCCGACCAGACUGCAUGUUUGGCUGCACGUGUUUGAAAAGAAAGGUUGUACUUGUUAAAGGAGGCUCCAAAGCUAAGCAUUUCCAGAGGAAAGCUGCUCAUCGUGAUCCAGUAUUUUAUGAUGCUUUGGGAGAGGAGCAAAGAGAAGAAGAAGAGGGAGUCAGGGAGGAGGAAGAACAAUUGAAAGAGAAAAAGAGGAGAAAGAAGCUAGAAUACACUAUAUGUGAAACAGAGCCUGAACAGCCUGUUCGACAUUACCCAUUAUGGGUGAAAGUAGAAGGUGAAGUAGAUCCAGAGCCAGUUUAUAUCCCAACACCUUCUGUCAUUGAGCCUAUGAAGCCAUUGUUGUUGCCUCAGCCAGAAGUUUUACCUACUACUGUGAAGGGCAAAGUGCUCACUGGAAUUAAACCUGCACGGGCAUAUACUCCCAAACCCAAUCCUGUGAUUCGGGAAGAGGACAAGGAUCCAGUCUACUUGUACUUUGAGAGUAUGAUGACUUGUGCCCGAGUUCGAGUAUAUGAACGAAAAAAAGAGGAACAGAGACAACCGUCACCAUCACCAUCCCCAUCAUUUCAGCAGCAGGGCUCGUGUCAGUCUAGUCCCGAGAACUGUAGUGUAAAGGAGCCUGAUUCUGAACAGCAGCCCUUGAAACCAAUCACCUGUGACCUAGAGGAUGAUUCUGAUAAAUCGCAAGAAAAAAGCUGGAAGUCUUCCUGCAAUGAAGGGGAAUCCUCUACCUCCUAUGUGCAUCAGAGGUCACCAGGUGGUCCCACCAAACUGAUAGAAAUCAUCUCAGACUGCAACUGGGAGGAGGAUCGGAACAAGAUUUUGAGUAUCUUAUCCCAGCACAUCAAUAGCAACAUGCCACAGUCACUUAAGGUGGGCAGCUUCAUCAUUGAGUUGGCUUCUCAGCGAAAGAGCCGGGGUGAGAAGAACCCUCCUGUUUAUUCUUCUCGUGUGAAAAUCUCUAUGCCAUCAUGCCAAGACCAAGAUGAUAUGGCUGAGAAAUCUGGAUCAGAGACUCCUGAUGGUCCAUUAUCCCCUGGGAAAAUGGAUGAUAUCUCUCCUGUGCAGACAGAUGCCCUGGAUUCAGUGAGGGAGAGAUUACAUGGAGGCAAAGGUCUGCCUUUUUAUGCAGGGCUUUCUCCUGCAGGGAAGCUUGUGGCCUAUAAACGUAAACCCAGUUCAAGCACAUCUGGGCUUAUCCAGGUAGCAUCCAAUGCCAAGGUGGCUGCAUCCAGGAAACCACGUACCCUGUUGCCUUCAACAUCCAAUUGCAAAACGGCAUCCUCCUCUGGCGCUACAACAAAUCGCCCUGGGAAGAAUCUGAAGGCAUUUGUCCCGGCAAAAAGACCAAUUGCGGCUCGACCCUCUCCUGGUGGUGUGUUCACACAGUUUGUGAUGAGUAAAGUUGGAGCCCUGCAGCAGAAGAUACCUGGAGUUAGCACACCCCAACCCCUAACAGGGCCACAGAAGUUCAGUAUCAGACCUUCUCCAGUAAUGGUCGUCACACCUGUGGUUUCUUCUGAGCCAGUUCAGGUGUGCAGCCCUGUGACUGCUGCUGUCACUACUACCACCCCUCAAGUGUUUUUAGAGAAUGUUACUGCUGUGACACCUAUGACUGCUAUUUCUGACGUGGGAACUAAAGAAACUACUUAUUCUUCUGGUGCCACCACUGCAGGGGUUGUUGAGGUUUCUGAAACUAAUACCAGCACCCCUGUAACACCUUCCCAGUCUACAGCCACUGUGAACCUUAUCAAAACGACUGGGAUAACUACCCCUGUGGCUUCAGUUGCUUUUCCUAAGUCUUUGGUAGCAUCUCCUCCAACUAUAACUCUUCCUGUUGCUUCCACUGCCUCCACCUCCAUAGUCGUGGUGACCACAGCUGCAUCUUCCUCCAUGGUGACCACACCAACUUCAUCUCUGGGCUCUGUUCCCAUUAUACUCUCGGGAAUUGAUGGGAGUCCACCAGUGAGCCAGAGACCAGAAAAUGCCCCUCAGAUUCCAGUGGCUACUCCCCAGGUCUCUCCUAACACAGUGAAACGUACUGGACCUCGAUUGUUGCUGAUUCCAGUGCAGCAGGGUUCUCCUACUCUUAGACCUGUCCCAAACACACAACUUCAGGGGCAUCGGAUGGUUUUGCAGCCUGUUAGGAGCCCAAGUGGAAUGAAUCUAUUCAGGCAUCCUAACGGGCAGAUUGUUCAGCUCCUCCCUUUGCAUCAGCUUCGAGGCUCUAAUACCCAGCCCAGCUUACAGCCUGUUAUGUUUCGGAACCCAGGCUCUGUGAUGGGAAUUCGGUUACCCACUCCUUCCAAACCUUCAGAGACUCCACCGUCUUCUGCUUCGUCCUCUGCUUUCUCUGUUAUGAACCCUGUAAUUCAAGCUGUUGGGUCUUCUCCACCAGUGAAUGUUAUCACUCAGGCACCAUCAUUGCUUUCUUCUGGACCUAGUUUUGUAUCUCAGUCUGGUACAUUGACCCUGAGGAUUUCCCCUCCUGAACCACAAAGCUUUGCAAGUAAAACAGGCUCCGAAACCAAAAUAACCUAUAGUUCAGGAGGGCAGCCUGUUGGUACAGCCAGUCUUAUUCCUCUCCAGUCUGGUAGUUUUGCUUUGUUGCAGCUCCCUGGACAAAAGCCUGUUCCCAGUUCCAUUCUUCAACAUGUUGCUUCUCUUCAGAUGAAGAGAGAGUCUCAGAGUGCAGACCAGAAAGAUGAAACAAGCUUUUUAAAAAGAGAGCAGGAUACUAAGAAGGCCCUACAGCCAGAAGGAGAAACUGUAGAUUCCGAAGCUAAUGUAAUAAAGCAAAACUCAGGGGCUACUGCCUCAGAAGAAAUCCUGCAUGAUUCUGUGGGAGGUGGGGGUGAUCAUUUAGAUGAAGAGUCUCUUACAGAAGAGGGUCCUGUAACUAUUAAACCUUCUCAGCACUCCUAUAUCACUGGGUCACACAUAGAUGAAGACUAUAAAGAUGUUGAUGAAGAGUAUGGGAUUAGAAAUCAUAACAGUUCCAAAGAAAAAGUGGCUGUUCUAGAAGUUAAGACCAUUUCCAAAAAAGCCAGCAAUGUGACAGUCCAAAGUAUAAGUAAUAUACAGCUUAAAAAGCUUGGUGAUGUAAAAGUGGAACAGCAGAAAGGAUUGGAAAAUCCAGAGGAAAAAUCAAGUGAAUUUCCAAUCAUCUCUAAGGAAGAAAGUAAACUCGAAUUAUCAGGGAGCAAAGUUGUGGAGCAGCAAUCUCUUCCACAGCCAGAGGCCAAGGAAGAGGGAUGUGGAGACUCUCUGGAGAAGGACAGUAUUAGGGAGAGAUGGAGAAAACACCUGAAGGGCCCUCUGACCCAGAAAUGUGUUGGAACUUCACAAGAAUGCAAGAAAGAGGCAGAUGAGCCGUUAAUUAAAGAAAUAAAGACCUGUCAGGAAAAUUCUGAUGUGUUUCAACAAGAACAAGGCAUCUCUGAUCUACUUGGAAAAAGUGGAGCUACUGAAAAUGUCAGAGUUUUAAAAACUGAAUGUGAUUCUUGGAGUAAGAUUUCUAGUCCUACAGUCUUCUCCAUUGUUCCGAGGAGAGCUACAAAAGGGAGCAGAGGGGAAGGACAUUUUCAAGGUCACUUACUGCUGUCAGGAGAACAGAUACAACCAAAGCAAGAGAAGAAGGGUGGGCGAAGCAGUGCUGACUUGACUGUUUUGGAUUUGGAAGAGGAGGAUGAGGAAGAUGAGAAUGAGAAAACCGAUGAUUCUAUUGAUGAGAUUGUGGAUGUUGUUUCUGACUACCAGAGUGAGGAGGUUGAUGAUGUAGAAAAGAAUAACUGUGUAGAAUACAUUGAGGAUGAUGAGGAACAGGUGGACAUUGAGACUGUGGAAGAGCUCUCUGAGGAAAUUAAUGUUGCCCACAUGAAGACCACAGCUGCCCAAACACAGACUUUCAAACAGCCGUGCCGUACCCAUAUCUCUGCAGAUGAAAAAGCUGCUGAAAGGAGUCGAAAGGCUCCACCAAUUCCUCUGAAACUGAAGCCUGAUUACUGGAGUGAAAAACUACAAAAAGAAGCAGAAGCUUUUGCUUAUUAUCGCCGGACACACACUGCCAAUGAGCGUCGUCGGCGUGGUGAAAUGAGGGAUCUCUUUGAGAAAUUGAAGAUCACAUUGGGAUUGCUGCAUUCUUCCAAGGUUUCCAAAAGUCUCAUUCUCACUAGGGCAUUCAGCGAAAUUCAGGGACUAACAGAUCAGGCAGACAAGUUGAUAGGACAGAAAAAUCUUCUGACUCGAAAACGGAAUGUUUUGAUACGGAAAGUCUCAUCUCUUUCAGGUAAGACAGAAGAAGUGGUCCUGAAGAAGCUAGAGUAUAUUUAUGCAAAACAACAAGCACUAGAGGCACAAAAAAGAAAAAAGAAGAUGGGAUCAGAUGAGUUUGAUGUGUCUCCCAGAACUAGCAAACAGCAGGAAGGAUCUUCUGCAUCAUCUGUAGAUCUUGGACAGAUGUUUAUAAAUAACAGGAAGGGGAAACCUUUGAUUCUUUCCAGAAAAAGAGACCAGGCCACAGAAAAUACCUCCCCCUCUAACACUCCGCACACCGCUGCCAACAUCGUGAUGACUCCGCAAGGGCAGUUGCUCACCUUAAAAGGUCCUUUAUUCUCAGGACCAGUGGUAACUGUUUCUCCUGCUCUCUUGGAAGCAGAUCUGAAGCCUCAAGUUGCCACCAGUGCUGUGGCUCAGUCAGAAAAUGAUGACUUAUUUAUGAUGCCAAGAAUUGUUAAUGUGACAUCAUUGGCCACAGAGGGAGGUUUGGUAGAUAUGGGUGGCAGCAAAUAUCCUCGUGAAGUUCCUGAUGGCAAGCCAUCUGACCACCUGAAAAGUACUAUCAGGAAUGAAGAUAACUCCUUUGAAGAUUCGGGUAGAAUCUCUUCCAGAAGCAACCAUAGAGAUGGCAGAAUGGCAUUGGGUCCAACACCGGUUUUUCUGGCAAAUAAAGAUUCUGGUUUUCCACAGAUAGUUGAUGUUUCCAGUAUGCAAGAAGCACAAGAGUUCUUACCCAAAAAGAUUUCUAGUGAAAUGAGAGGUAUUCAAUAUAAAUGGAAAGAGUGUGAAUCUAGACGGGAGAAACUGAAGCCAAAGGAGUCUACAUUUCAUAAAUUGAAGAUGAAAGAUCUCAAAGACUCAAGUAUAGAGAUGGAACUGAGAAAAGUAGCAUCUGCUAUAGAGGAAGCAGCGUUGGAUCCCAGUGAACUGCUGACGAACAUGGAAGAUGAGGAUGAUACUGAUGAGACACUGACUUCAUUGCUCAAUGAGAUUGCCUUUCUUAAUCAGCAACUAAAUGAUGACUCUGUUAGCCUGGCUGAACUGCCCACCUCUAUGGAUACGGAGUUCACAGGGGAUGCUCGACGGGCUUUUAUCAGUAAGCUUCCUCCUGGGAACCGAACAACUUUCCAAGUUGGCCACUUGGGAACUGGUUUGAAAGAGUUACCUGAUGUACAAGGGGAGAGUGACUCUGUCAGUCCUCUCCUCUUGCAGUUGGAAGAUGAUGACUUUUCUGAGAAUGAAAAACAACUUGCUGAACCAGCCUCUGAGCCAGAUGUCCUUAAGAUUGUUAUUGACUCUGAGAUAAAGGAUUCCCUCCUUUCCCAUAGGAAAGCCAGUGAUGGAGGGAAGAGUACUUCUGGCGUCCCUGCAGAGCCUGAAAGUGUGUCCUCGCCUCCUGUUCUACACAUGAAGGCUGGCCUAGAGAACAGCAGCACAGAUACUUUGUGGAGGCCUAUGCCAAAGUUGGCACCUCUAGGUUUAAAAGUAGCUAAUCCUUCUAGUGAUGCAGAUGGUCAGAGUCUCAAGGUGAUGCCUUCUUUGGCACCUGUAGCUGCCAAAGUUGGAUCGGUUGGACACAAAAUGAACUUAACAGGGAAUGACCAGGAAUGCCGGGAGAGCAAGGUGAUGCCUACACUGGCACCUGUUGUGGCCAAAUUGGGCAACUCUGGGGCCUCACCAAGUUCUGCAGGGAAAUGAACUUAUUUGUCCUCAGGCAGAAGCCAGGCAAUGAGGGAAACCUCCUUUCUCUGUAGGCAUCUGUUUGUGUCAUGGAGCUGUGAUCCUUGACUUUGAUGCGGUGGAUAAUGGUAGAGAAAGGGGGGUAGGGUGCUGACCUCGGUAUUAGAAAUUACUACUAUGAAAUUCUGAUCAUGUUAAAAUGUGUUACCUCACUUGUGGUGCUGGGUCUCCUCAUCCUCUCUAAGAAGAUGUGAUCCAUUACUGAACACGAGGUGCCCCUCUUACCCAAGGAAUUCAUAACAAGACUCUAGGUCCAUAGUGGUUCCUAGUUCUUCCCUCCCAGAGAAAAAGCUGCUUGAGACUUUGGAGUUGCUAUGGGCUGAACUGUAGUGGAUAGCUGUUGUUUUAAGUGGUUUAAGUCUGAAAUCCAAGGAAUGUGAUGCACUUCUGUGAAGGGAUCCAGAAGAGAUAGUUUUUAGUUGGUGUUUCAAGAGUAGUGGGAGAGAGGAUGGGUACCAUGGAAUACCAAAGUGAAACACUUUGUGUCAUUCAGCAAAAUUUUCUCUUCUUUCAUAUCCCAAGUAGCUUCCAUUCCCUUAUGUUUUCAAUCAGAAUUAUAAAUCCAAGCCUUCUGGUAACGUAGGAAUGCUUUUAACUUUUAAUACUAAGGUGAUUAUUUUGAGAUGUUAAGGAAAAUACUAGUUCUCCCUUACUGUCUGGGUGUUGAAAGACAUUUCACAGUACCAGGGAUUUCUACCUGGAAUAUAUAUUUUGGAGGUAGGCACAGAGGGAGCUCUCCCCUUUUCACAAAUCACAUCACUCAAGAGACAGCUAAAAUGAAAAGCAUUCCCUGCCCAGACCAGAGACAGUGGCCAAAACAAAAAAUUGUGGGGCUGGAUGUUUCCCAAAUCAAACCAGCCUCCUGGUGCUUGAAGGUUUCAUUCACUAUUACCUGCGCAGGAUGUAAAGAAAAGAAAAGUCACAGUAGGCACUCUUUACCAGGGAAAUGAGGCAGUAUUUGAAUCACGAGAUAUAUUUUUUAUUAUCUGCUACCAUGGAUUCAAUGAUCUGUAGAGCUUUUUCACUCAUUAGCUGUCAGGGUGUGAAGGACUGACAGCCUGUAAAGAUAAAGAUAUUUAUAUUUUUGUAUAGUUGUUUUCAUAGAUUUCUCAAAGGCUGAAGUUUUCAGCCAAGAAGAUGAGAUUUGUAUUGAGUAUAGAAAUGACGUUUCCUAUCUAGUUUGUAAAUAAUCAUGGUGCACUUGAGGGGUCUCUUGGAAACUCCUGGGGGCAAGAAUCACUAUUCUGAAAAUGUAUAGAUUGGGAUUUAGCUGCUGCAUUUUGCCUUUCUUAAAUAAUUAUAUUUUGGAAUGUAACCCCUGUUCUGUCUUCAUUGACAGGAUUUGCUUGUGUUGUGAAACACUAACACAAGAGCUUCCAGUGCCUGGGCUGUGCCUAGGUGAUGCUAUUUCUUCUGCAUCCUCCCCCACCCCCCUUUGCCUUCUUUAUGCCAAAUCCCACUCAGCAUAUCUUCAGACAUAGGUUGUGAGACCAGCUUUGGAAUGGUUCUAGCCAGUGAAUUAGUACUUCCAUGGUUGGUUCCCUUUCUAGUAACUCUGGUAAUCAGCAGAUUGAAAAAGAGUGGAAAAAUAUCCUCUGCAAAUUGCAGUGAGAGCAAAUUCUUUGUUGGUUUUGUGCUACUUGCCUUUCUAGACAUGCUCAUCAGCAUUCAACCUUCCCUCCUUUAAAGGUUUUUGAAGAAGCUUGAAGUAGGUAAUGAGUGCCCCUCAGCUUCUCAUUAUCCCUCCCACUCUUUACCCAGCAGAUUUCAUUCAAUGCCUUAGCCAAGGAGUCCAGCACCUGUCUCCCCUGCUAAUAAUUGUCCUUGGAGAUCCUAGUACUUUAAUCCAGGUAUAGCAGUUUCCCAUUAUUAACUUGCUUGUCUCGUCCUCACAUUUCCUCCUGACUUCCCAAGGCUCUUGUUAUGGCUUUUGAGGGUCAGCCAAAGGAGAAGGCAAGUGAGUUGAAUAAUCCUCAGGAAAAGAAGGACCAUUCUGCUUCUGAACACUGUUCCCUUUUUUAGGAGAAAAUAAACAGGUAAUAAUCAGUUCUUGAUGGGAAGAUAGUUGACAUGAGAGAUGUACAAAGAUGGAAAUGAGAGAUGAUUCCAGGUGUUUAAGGAAGGCUGCAGAUGUCUUUACAAACUCCCAAGAUAAUGGUGUUUUCAAGACCUCUUAGAACUAGUAAGUUGUGAGGGCUAAUUUGGAGGGCUCAGUCUUCACAACACUCCUGCAGUCGUGACAGAAAUCUCAAAUCUCCAAAAACUCCUUUUAACCUUACCCCAGGAGAAACUGAUCUAUGAAAAUGACAUGUGUGAUUAUGAAAGAUGUAGUUGAGUGAGAGGAGUUGAGGAAUUGGGAGGAUAGUGAGCUCUCACCUUAACACUAUAAGAAGCAUGAUCUCAGUAGACCAAUAAUUCGCCUUUUUAUACAUCUGUAAAUAAAUGGAAUGUUUUUAAGAAUAUAAUUAUGUCAGAUUUAGCCUUUUCUUUUAUAUAUUAAAUAUAUAUCUUUCCUUUUCUGCUUUUGAAAAAUGACUAUUUUUUUAGAAAUGUAAGAACAGAAGUUGUUUGGUGAGUGGAAGGCAGAAUGUAUAAACUUGAAAUAAAUCAGUUAUAAUAAUUAAAGCAG